AUGGCGUUUUCAGGACGUCUCUUCAGCUUCAUUUCUUCCACAGCUUCUGCUCAGCAACACUACGACGCAUCAGAUUGCGCUGCACCGAAUUCCACCUCCCCUGGUUCCAGAUACACCUGCAACACAACAUCAAGCAGCAGCAGUAGUUCUUCUUGCAGCACAUUUCUGAUCUUCAGGGCUAACCAGAAAUUCAGAACCUUGGCAAGCAUCUCAGAGUUGUUAAGCAGUAGCGUCGAUUCUCUGCAGCGUCUCAAUUCAGGAGUUGCAUCAUCAGUGGAGGUUCUCGAACCGGGCAGGGAAGUUUUUGUUCCUGUACAGUGUUCCUGUUCUGGUCAGUAUUUCCAGUCAGAGUGGGUGACCUACACAGCUCCUUUGAACAAGACCAGUAUAGCAGAUGUGGCGUGUUCGGUGUUCGAGAGCUUGGUGACGUAUAGUACAAUCAUGGAGGCAAAUGGUUUCGACACGGAUCAAGUGGUAGCUGGCACUGCCAUUCAUCUGCCUCUCAAAUGUGCUUGUCCUGAUCAUCACGAUGACAAUUCGACCAACGGAGGGUUGAACUACCUUGUUACGUAUCCUGUGUUUGAAGGUGACGUGCUGACUGAAAUCGAUGACAAAUUCGGGAUUUCAGCUGAGGAUUUGUUCAGGGUCAAUGGCCUCGAUCCUUGGCCUACGAUCUACCCCAACACGACCCUGUUGAUCCCUCUGAAAGAAAGCUCUGUGAGGAUCAACAUGACUAGUCACUCUUCUUCUCCACCUCCACCAGCUCCAGUCUUUCUCCCCACGAUCAUCGUCGAGAGACGUUCAUCGAGAAACACUACAAGGUUAAAAAGAAGCUUCUACAUCGCGGUAUCAGUCAUUGGGUUCUUCAUUUUAGUAGCAGCAGUGUUUGCUUUCGGUAUGUACAUGAGUGGUAGGAAGAAAGAGAAGAUUCAGAAGCUGCUUUCGUUCAACACAAGCGUCUCUCAACUAACUUGCUCCACACCGAAAAGCUCAGCCACGGGUUUAACUCCAUGUUUGUCUCCUGAUCUUCUAGUUGGGAUCAAGUACUCCUUGAGAAGUUACAGCAUAGACGAGCUGAGGAUAGGAACGAACGAUUUCAGCGAUGAGAACAAGAUUGGAGAUGAGGGUUACAGAGGGUUGAUUGAUGAUGUUGAGGUGAUGGUGAAGCCAUUGAUGUUUGACGACACUAGGCAAGUGGUUGAUAUUCAUUCUAGAAUCAACCACAUCAACAUCGUGGCCUUGCUUGGUGUGUGUUAUGAUCAUGGAGACGACUCUUGCAUUGUUCUUGAGCUGCCUAGCAAUGGCUGCUUGAGAAAUUGUCUCGCGAAUCCAUCAAGCCACCUCCGGUGGAAUAGAAGAACGCAGAUAGCGUUCGAUGUAGCUACAGGACUUCAUUACCUUCACUACUGCAUCUUCCCUUCGUAUGCUCAUAUGAGUGUGAACACUAGGAACAUUUUUGUGACCUCGAAUUGGAGGGCCAAGCUCACAAAUAUCAGGACCAACCCCAGCAGUGGUCAAAGUCCAAGUCACAAAGGGUGGUUACCUCCUGAGUAUAACGGGUCAGCUUCCGAUAAAGUUGACAUCUUUGCAUUUGGGGUGGUCCUACUAGAGCUGAUAUCAGGAAGGGAGGAUACUGAUGGAACUUCAUUCAAGGAAUCACUUGGCUUCCUUGGAGGUGGAGCUGGCGAAGGAGGAUGUUUCGAACAGCUGAGGAGCUUCGUCGAUCCAUGUCUAGAAGGAAACUAUCCUCUCGCGGAGGCUCUAUGUCUAUCUGUUUUAGCAAAGGCAUGUGUGGAGGAUGACCCCCUGCAUCGGCCUUCUAUGGAUGAUAUCCUCAAAGUUCUCGUCAGGAUGGUCUGA